CUUGUUUUGUAUUAUCCGGAUUGCCGGAUAUGAAAUUUACAGUGCAUUUCCACUGUUGGAAUCGAUAAAUGGCGGCAACCAAGGGAUUUCGGACCGUGUUCAAGUCGCCGGGGGUGAUCAACUGGUUCCCUGGCCACAUGAACAGUGCUCGGAACGCCAUGAAGGCGCAGCUGAACAGCGUGGACGUGAUCAUCGAGGUGCGGGAUGCACGGAUACCAUGGUCCUCGGCGAACCCGCUGCUCGAUGGCAUUGGCAACCACAAGCCGCGCCUAGUGGUGCUCAACAAGUCGGACCUGUCCAACUCCAACAUGAAGGAGCGCGUGGAAUACCGCUUCAAUGAGCAGAACAUCGACUGCAUGUUCACUUCGGUGAUUAAAGGCAAGCACAUUCGCAACAUCUUGCAAUGGUGCACCGAGAAUGGCAAGUCGCAAUUCCAGUCCACCGCAGGUACCGCCCACCCACAGACCCCAUCAUCUCGAAUUCUCAUGCAUGUCCUUCCAGGCACGGUGGUCAUGGUCGUGGGCGUUCCGAACGUCGGCAAGUCGUCCAUGAUCAACGCGUUCCGCGGCAUCUCGACGUCGUUGAAGCUGGCGAAAGGAAAGAAAAAGGCGGUGGUGGGGCCCACUCCGGGCGUCACGCUGCGCACAGACAUCAUCAAAGUGAACGAAGCGCCCGCGAUCUACGUCAUGGACACGCCGGGGGUAAUGCUGCCGAGCGUUCCGUCGCCGUCCGUGGGGUUGAAGCUGGCCCUCACCGGCGCCAUCAAGGACGAAGUCGUGGGAGAAGAGCUGAUCGCAGACUACAUGCUGUUCCUUCUCAACCAAAUGAACUCGACGCAGUACGUCAAGGCGUUGGGACUCGCUGGACCCACCGACGACAUCGAUGAGCUCAUGAGCAGCAUCACCAAGCAGAGCGGCGGCGUCGGCAAGCCCGAGGAGCGGCAGACGCUGCUGGCGGCGCAGUAUCUGCUUAAAGAGUUCCGACGAGGGUCCUUUGGACGGUUCACACUAGACCCUCUUUGAGACAUACUACACCAUUUUGCGGUUAAUUUCG